CUUCUGUCAGUACCGUUCUUUUUUCACUAGAACUGGAAAAUAUAUUUUUUCGCAUCAUUUAUCCGAAAUUUAAAUGCGAUAUGACCACAAUCGGAUUGAAAAACUGUUUUACUUGCUUUCGAAAAACAGAAAACUUUCGUUGUAUCGCCGAACAAGACACAGUGAGCGGCGAAAAUGUUGAGGCUAUAUUUUCCAAACAUUUUUGGUUUAGCAAAGAUGAUUAUAAAAACCGAAUUAUUUGCACCAGCUGCUGGGAGAAGAUUGACGAAUUUCAUAAAUUUUACUGUGAAGUUGAAAAAGUUCAUGCUCCGGAUAUGAUUGUGGAAAUAAAGUUAGAACCCGGAGAGGAUUCUCCGGAAGAUGUCAUGAUAGAUAAAAACUAUGAGAAAAGUGCUUUGAAUUGCCAUGAAGCUGAAGAUGUUGGCAGUCAACUAUUUGUUGAAGCAGUUUAUCAUUCGGAAGAACAGAAGCCCUUGAAAACCGAGGAUCCUAAAACGGCACACGAGAAGCUCGAUAAAAAAAAGGUUGAUCCAAAUGAUGGUGAGCCAAGUGAUGAUGACGAUGACGAGAGUGAUGAUCUUGACUACAAACCGAACGCUGAGGCAAAUCUAUCGGAGUCGGAAUCUGAGUCGAAUGUUCCGUUGGCAAGACGUGCUGUUACACGGCGAAAGGGAAUAAAACGAUCGUUAACCAAAAAAAUUGAACGUAAUGAAAGCUUUACCUGUCACAAGUGCAUUGAAUCACGUAAGGAUAAGGGUGAAACGUUCAAAUCGUUCUAUUGGUUAAAACAGCAUUUCAAGAAGGUACACGACUCGCCCUGCUAUAUAUUUUGCUGCAAUAAAAAGUGGCCAACGACAAGAAGUUACAAUCUACACAUCACCUAUCAUAGCGGAAACACAAAAACAAAGACCAGUAGCCUGCGUUGCUUGGACUGCAAACGUUGGUUUAAAGAUCAGGGUUCUUUUGCACAUCACAUGUUUCUGGUGCACACACCUGAGGAAGCCAAGCAAUUCAAAUGUGUCCGCUGUACGAAGGCAUUCGCUGAAGAAGAACUUCUCAAUAGUCAUAUCAAAUGGCACGAUGAAGUUGAACAACGAAACCAUCACUGUCCGCUUUGUAAUCGUUAUUUCAUGGGUGCAGGAAAUUUGCAGAACCAUAACAUAAGCCAUCAUAGCAACCUCAAAGCAUCAGAAAAGGAAGUGGCUGCAACCAAAUCGAACAUGGUGGCAGAUGAUAAUGACGAUGACGACGACGAAGACAGCAAUCCCGAGUCUUUGGAGAGAGUACCGGGCAAAACGUACGGCAAGGAAGCAUUGGAAUUUCCGCUGAGAAGAAAACGGGGAACUCCGGAAGAAUAUGCGGAACAGGAAGCAUUAAUACGACAAUUCGUGUCGUUUAACUGUAAUCGAUGUGAUUUUAUAGCUGAUACGUUCACAAUGUUGACAUCGCACUGUAAAAAGGAACAUAAAACGGCAAGUGGGGCAGUGAUUUGUUGUGAACGACGUUUCGGAAAGCGCUUGCGCUUGUACGAGCAUUGUCUGCGUCAUCUAAAUCCGGAUUACUUCAAAUGCGAUAUGUGUGGAAAGACCUUUACCGAUAGUUAUGGGCUGCAGCAUCAUAAAUGGUGGAUCCAUACACCGGUCUCGGAGCGACCGUUCAAGUGUGACGUUUGUGGAGAUGCGUUUGUCAAAGAUUAUCUACUGAAACAACAUAUGGAGCGACACAUGGAGAAGGAACGUAAAACGCAUACAUGUGAUCAGUGCGGACGGACCUAUACUACUGGUUUGCAACUGAAAACCCAUAUGCAAACACAGCACGGUGCCUUGAGUGACUGGGUAUGCGAUGUGUGUGCCAAAGGAUUCACCCACCGGGCCCUGUUGGAGCAACACCGACUGACACAUUCUGAAGAGGGUUUGGCUAGUCUAAGGAAACAGUGUGAAAAGUGCAACAGAUGGUUAACAAAUCAUCGUAACUACCAACGCCACAAGCGACGUUGUUUCAAUACCAGUGGGCCAGUUAAGUGUGAAGUAUGCGGUUUGAUAUCCGUCAAUGAAACGGCCUUGAGGUCACAUGUUCGGUUACAUCAUUCCAAUCGUCCAAAGUAUGCAUGCACCUUCUGCGGAAAAGAAUUUAAGAAACAACUGCGCUGCAAGGAACACGAAGCCAACCACACCGGAGACGUACUGUACAGAUGUCCCUUCUGUCCAAGAAUGUGCAACUCCAGUUCAAACAUGUAUACCCACAAGAAGACAGCUCAUCCGGAACAGUGGGCCGAAGCAGUUGCUGCCAAAUACUACAAACCACCACCCAGUACCACAUAGUUUUAACAGUAAAGUAGGAUAAUUUCGGUAAGUACUGUUUCGGUAAUCGUAAUUUGCGACAGCGAAAAUAUCGUAAUAUAAUAAUAAAGAGUUCAGUUUAGACAUACAACAAA